CUCUUGUGCAAUUGUGUAGCGUCAAAUUGCGCAUGCCGACAACAUGGAGUUUCAUUCGGGCCUAUUCCAAACGUUCUCUAUUUUCAACGUCAUCUGGCUCGCCACACUUUGGAUUGGCUACCGCAUCUCCAUUGCACUCUACAACAUCUCACCCUUCCACCCGCUCUCGCAUUUCCCGGGACCGAAGAUUGCAGCUGCAUCCUACCUUUAUGAAGCCUAUCAUGACUGGUGGUUGGUAGGGCGGUAUGGCAAGGUCAUUGCACGCAUGCACGAGCAAUAUGGGCCCAUCGUCAGAAUCAACCCUGAUGAACUACACUGUUCUGAUCCUGCUUUCACCGACGAAAUCUAUGCUGGUCCUGGACGCGUGCGCGACAAGUGGCAGCAUCAAUUGAACACUGGUGGUGCCGGACCCGUCUCGGUGACCGGCUUCUCGACUGUCAAUCAUGAGUUGCACCGCGCGCGCAAGGCGACCUUGAGCAAGUUCUUCUCGCGCCAACAGAUGCUUAAACUGGAGGGCGAGGUGCAUGAAUUUGCACAGAUGACGGCCAACAAGAUGCUUGCUUCGGCUGGAAAGGGCCCUUUCGAUGUCAAAGAAGCGUUCAACUGUUUCACCGCCGACGUUAUAUCUCAGUACGCGUUUGGUGAGCCGAUGGGUUUCGUUGCACAGGAGGGCUGGGAGCCCAAUUUCGCCACUUGGGUCAAGUCUUUCUUCAAGAGCGCGUACAUGAUGAGGCACAAUGCUCUUGGAAGGAAGAUGGCACAGGUUAUGCCUUUCAUGGCCGAUUAUCUAGGUGAAGACAUCAAGGCCGUCAUGAAAGUAAUGAAUGUCACGAUCCCAGAAUACAUCAUGGCCGCCCUCAAGAAUCCCGACAAUGGACGAGUCUUUGCCGAAGCAAUGAGUAACCCUAGCGCAAUGUCGGAGGAGGAGAAGUACCGCUUUAACGGUGAAGGAUUCAACUUUUUGCUUGCGGGCACGGAAACGACUGCGGCCAUUCUUACAGUCUUCACAUACUGGGUUCUUGCCAAACCAUCCGUCUACACGCGUCUCCUGUCCGACCUUGCCAACACCGGUCUCAACGCUCAAAACAUGAAGUGGGUCGAGCUCGAAAAGUGCCCUUACUUCUGGGCCGUUCUGCAAGAGUGUCUGCGCAUGAUGCCCGGUGUCUCGCAUAGGUCGGCUAGGAUUGCUCGCGAUGAAGACUUGCACUACAAAAGUGCGGACGGCAAAUCUGAUUGGGUGAUCCCCAGAGGUACGCCUAUUGGAAUGACCUCUAUGAUCAACCAUUGGAAUACUGAGCUGUUCCCCAACCCUGACGAUUUUGUUCCCGAGCGAUGGCUUCUUCCAGAUGGACAACCCAACUACCAACUGCAGAAGAAGUUGAUUGCAUUUGGAAAGGGUAGCCGGAGUUGUAUCGGCGAGAACCUAGCAUACUGCGAACUAUAUAUCAUGGCAGCUCUCAUGACUUUCUGCGUUAUUCCAAGGUCGAGGCUUGUGGAAACCACAGUGGAGGAUAUCUCCUAUGAUCAUGAUCUAAUUGUCGUGCAGACAACGAAAGGCUCUAUCUCGGUUCGUAUCGCUAUCGACUAAGAUCGUAGAAGCUUGGUUUUAGUCAAAGGAACGUUACUUAUUCUUUCUUUGAAAACAAAGUCAACACUGCAACAGCGGAUUAUAUAACGCAGUAGGAGAAACUAGUAUAGAACUCUAAUUUAGGUGCUAUACCCAGCACUUUAACAUAAUAUCAAGGC